AUGCAUUGCAGGUUUCUUUGUUAUCUGGCCACGGCUCAAUGGGCCCUUGGGCUUCAAGCUGGAGCAGAAUCGACAAAAACUCCGGACUGUAAAGCCUUCCCAGGCAAGGCUACCUGGCCAGCUCGUCAGCAGUGGGACAGACUGAAUGCGACUAUAUCAGGCCGUUUGAUUAAACCUCUGGCUCCAGCGGGUGUCUGCCAUGCCGAACAACCAAACUUCAGCAAAGAUGCGUGUGAAGCCCUUGGGCAAGACUGGACAGGAUACAAUUUUCAUCUAGAUGAUCCUGUGUCGAUGAUGUUCGCAAACUGGGCCAAUAGUACCUGCACACCCGACACUUCCAAGCCAUGCACAAAGGCUGGCUACCCGGCGUAUGUGGUGAACGCAGAGUCAGCAGAGGAUGUCAAAGCUGGAAUAGAUUUCGCACGAGAGAAGAAUGUACGACUGGUCGUCAAGUCAACUGGUCAUGAUUUUCUUGGACGAUCUAUUGCGCCGGGGAGUUUAUCAAUCUGGACGCGACAUCUGAGAUCAAUUACUUUCCACAAAGGGGAGUACAAGCUAAGUGGAAGUGACACUGUCAUCCAAGGCGAUGCUGUUACCGCUGGAGCUGGUGUUGGCAUGUAUGAGCUUUAUCAAGCCAUGGAUAAAUAUGGAAAGGUUGUGGUUGGAGGUGGUGCUCAGACCGUUUCAUUAGGGGGCUAUCUGACUGGUGGUGGCCACAGUCCUCUUGGCCUUCAUUAUGGACUUGGAGCGGACAAUGUCCUCGAAAUGGUUGUUGUUACCCCUGCUGGGGAGAUUCUCACCGUGAACGAGGAGCAGAGCCCGGAUCUUUUCUGGGCUUUGCGGGGGGGCGGAGGUUCGACUUUCGGAGUUGUCAUCUCCUACACCAUUCGAGCAUAUCCCACACCUCAAGUUCAACACACACUUGUAUUUACAAUCAUCCCCUCAAACUCGUCUCGGCGUAACGAGUUCAUGGGAUUCAUGAUGGGAAAAGUCCCCGAGUUGAUGGAUUCUGGGCUUUCAGGCCUCUGCAUCGUGGACCCGGAUGGGAAAACCUCAGACGUGUAUAAUCUCCCAGCCAACAUGUCCAUGUUUGCAGGUUCACUCACGCUCUUGGAUCGGGGCCCUGAUGAUUACAUUACUCUCCUUGAUCAAUUGAACUCUACGCUGCAGGAACGCUUUGGGGGAGAAGCUUCACUUGUGGCGGAAAAGCCAAAAUCAUAUGGGACCUUUCUGGAAUGGUUCUCCUUGCAGACAAACCUGCAACCUGGCCGCACGUUCCUCAUAGAAUCGUGGUUGCUUGACCGAGAUACCCUCACAAACAACCCGGAUGCCCUUGUCGAAGCUGUGACAUCUGCGGCCAAGCCCGCACGUACCAUAUACUUCUACAACUUUGCUGGUAAGGGUGUUCAGGCGGCCAAGCCUCGAGGUGGCUCGACUGCCAUCCACCCUGGCUGGCGAAAGGCAUACACCCUGGCGAUUUCUGAUGUGGAAUUUGACCCAUAUAGCGAGACAUCCGAAAUGGAAAUCGCUCACAGCAUGAUUGAGGCGUACAAGCCACUUCGAGAGCUGGCCCCGGGGAUGGGUUCCUACCAUAACGAGGGCAUGAUUUAUGAUAAGAGCCCAGAUGAAACUUUUUGGGGAGACAAUUACGAGCGUCUCUUGGAAAUCAAGCGCUCGAUAGAUCCGGAUGAUGUUUUCUGGUGCACUCCAUGUGUGGGAAAUGACAGAUGGGAACAAAAGGAAAAUGGCAUGCUUUGCAAAUUGUAG